AUGAGGGCAGGGCAGUGGAGUGUUGAGAGGGGAUCUCAUCAACGUGUACAAAGGCUGCACAGAGGAGUUCUCAGAGACCUUGAGCGACUGAGUCAGAAAGAGCAAAAUAUUCGCCUUUUAGAAGAGCAGAUCGCUUUGACGAAGCAGCUCAAAGAAGAAAGAGACAAGACGCUAAUGGAGAAAGGGUCCCAGCAGUCCUAGGCACGGUCCUGACCCCUGAGA